GCUUGUAGCUCUCUUUUCUCUAUUCGCGAAACGUUUUCCAAAAACCGUCGUCUCUCCAUACCAAUCACAAAGCCAAACCAUCAUGGCCCAACUCUGUGCCCCUGCAACCAACAAGAUCAACCUGUUCAGUCUGGACAGUGUCGACUUUAACCCUGGUCUGUGGUUCGCGACUUUUGCAGUCACUCGGCAUUUGCGAUACCGGACAUUGAUCAAUGCAUAUGGUAUGAACAACUACGACCACAGCGGGACUCCAGGUGUAUUCGCUCUUCAUGUGCGGGUUGUCCCUUUGGGCGCGGGAAUUUUGUCGGAUUUCCAGCGAAUGGGCCAAAGCUGUGACGAUACGAUCAAGCUGGCUGAUUCCGCUGCGCAGGUAUACGAUGAUAUCUUCGGGAAGAUUUCCACUUAUAAGAAAAACAAGGAAACAGAUCAUGCCCAGUUUUACAAAGAGAAUGCAGAGAACGCGAUCAAGGCACAGCAGCAUCGUAUUCAACAGGCUGCUGUUCUCUUCCAGACCACAUCCGAAGGCCUGGGCUACGCGCUCGCAGACAUCCCAGAGCUGAAGCCCUUGACUGAUUACUGGUGCACGUGGUACCAGACUGAAGCAAGGAAGGAUAUCCAGAACGAGGGCGUCAAAAGGCUGUUGGGAGACACUACCACACUGAGGAAAUCAUUGGACACCGCUGAGCCUAGCUUGCAAGCGAUGAAAGGCUAUGCGAUUGCAGUCAUGCAGGAUUUCCAAGUUACUCACGACUGGGUCAAGGUCGAACAUCUUGACAAGUCAGACGAAUACUUGGCACAGCUCCACAAGAGCGUUCUCGCUCGUUGGGACGGCCGCAAACAGGAUGCCCAGAAUUUCAAGGACACUGUCUUUGCGUACUGGAACCCACGAGCCCAAGAGGCCCUGAAUGGCUCGUACGCUGAACGAACUGCGCAUGACAAUCCCGGCCCGAAAUAG